AUGAAACUUAACUUGACAGGAUUUGUCAAUAGAAUAAGAAAUGUGAAGCGAUCACCGUCGGACUGGAAAGAUGCCGGAGAAUUUAUAGGACAAGAUGUUCUACCAAUAUUCAUAGCAGCUAGAUGUUUAUUUGGACUCUCACUUUUGCUACUGCUAUUCGUCUAUAAAUGGCGACGAAGACAUUUUUCAGUGUAUGAAAACAUUGAAAACUUUUUGUUGGACAUCAAUAUAAAUCCCAUUAGAUACGAAUACAGAGAAGUAAAGAAAAUGACUAAAGGUUUCAAAGUGAAAUUAGGUCAAGGAGGUUUUGGUUCUGUGUACAAGGGAAAGCUUCAAAGUGGGUUAGAUGUAGCAGUAAAGAUGUUGAACAAAUCCAAAGAUAACGGACAAGAGUUUGUUAAUGAAGUGGCUACCAUUGGAAGAAUACAUCAUGUGAAUGUGGUAGGUCUUAUUGGAUAUUGUGUUGAAGGAAAGAGGCGUGGUUUAGUUUAUGAAUACAUGUCUAAUGGGUCAUUGGAUAAAUACAUUUUCUCUAAAGAAGGAAGUGUUCCUCUAAGUUAUGAGAAGAUAUAUGAAAUAUCUCUUGGAAUUGCUCAUGGGAUGGCAUAUCUACAUCGAGGUUGUGAUGUGCAGAUUUUACAUUUUGAUAUCAAACCUCAUAAUAUUCUUUUAGAUGACAAUUUUACUCCAAAAGUUUCAGAUUUUGGACUUGCAAAGUUAUAUCCUACAAAAGACAGAUCUAUUAUUUUAACUGCAGUAAGAGGAACGUUGGGCUACAUGGCUCCAGAAUUAUUCUACAAAAAUAUAGGUGGAGUUUCUUAUAAGGCUGAUGUCUAUAGUUUUGGAAUGCUUUUGAUGGAAAUGACAAGUAGGAGGAAAAACUCAGAUCCUCAUGCAGAGCAUUCAAGCCAGCAUUACCUCCCCUUUUGGAUCUAUGAUCAAUUUAAAGAAGAAAAAGAUAUUGACAUGGAAGGUGCUUCGGAAAUGGACAAGAUUCUAAUGAAGAAAAUGUUUAUAGUUGCACUUUGGUGUAUACAAUUAAAACCAAGUGAUCGGCCAUCAAUGAGCAAGGUUGUAGAGAUGCUUGAAGGAAACAUUGAAAGUCUUGAAAUUCCUUCCAAACCUUCUUUUUGUCCCCAUGAAAUCUUUGAACAUGAUGAUACACUCAACUCUGACGAAAUAUCAUGGAGUGAUUCAACUAGUUCUAAUGUGAAUAUUGGCCAAAACAUGCCUAAUCAAUAA